GUUGAUUGACUCGGAUUGACAGUUCGAGCAACACAAACGCAAGAAUUAUUUAAAACACAGUCUAAUACCGAGCCAGUCUUUCAUUAUAACGUUUAUUAACAAUGUAUUCCAUUUUGUAAGAUCAUUAGAUUGAUAAAAAAAGGUUAGGGUGAUACUGGUCUCGCGAAAUUGUGUUGGCGGCGACCACGUAUUGGAACAAUGAUACAACGAUCUACCAAACUACUGAGACUCCUUUAUAAUACUAGCCGCUAUAAUAACGAUUGUUUGUACAUAUUUCAAGUAGGAUAUGCUAAGAGGUGUGCCAGUACUUUGUUAACACACAAUCAUAAUACAAAAUGCAAGUUAAACGUUAUUACGUACGGUCAGGAGGCUUUUGGUACCAAAAUAAUGGGGCAUUCGGAAGAAUGGAAAUGGAUACUAAUUACAAUGACAAGGUCAAUUUCUGUUGUUGCAAAGAUGCAGAAAGACAAAUCUGGGAACCUGGUUAAAAAGCCAGAGGAUCAAUCGCAACAUACAAUAAUAGAAUUCAAAGAAGAGAAUUUAGGUCAAUUGAAAGAAAGAAAAUUGGAUGUCAAACCUGUUCCUACUGUUGAUAAUCAAAGCAAUAAACAGAAACAGCAAGAUCAUACAGUGGAAGUAAAAAAGAAAACAAAAGUUGACAGAAGUACAUCAUCCUUAGAGCGUAAUUUUAUUACACCGGUUAGAGCUAUGUCUGAUUUUUUAUUGAAGCCUUCAGAUCUUGAAAACUUACCAAAGACAAAACGAAGAUCGCCGUAUGAAUUUGAACCACCGAUAACUGUUUAUUGGAGAAAAGAUGUCGAAGCCAAAGCAUUGGAAGUUUGGGGAUCGCGUGAAGCCUUAACAAAGAAGCUACUAAAAAAGGAACUUGAAGAAAAAACGUAUCAGCAAAAUAUAUUUACCGUCAAACGAAGACUGCGAGAUUAUAGACGAGAAAUGGGCAGCAAAACAACCGAAUUCAUUCAAGAAAAAGAAGGUCUUUUUGGGAGGUCUGGUAAAGUGGUUUUAACUGCAAUCGCAAUCAAUGCUUGUAAUUUCUUGUGCAAACUAUGCGCAUGUGUCUUUACUGGUUCUCAUAGUAUGUUCGCGGAAUGCGUGCAUUCGGCUGCGGAUACUUGUAAUCAAUUAAUAUUGGCAUAUGGAAUUUAUAAAUCAGUACAAAAUCCUAAUCCAGAUCAUCCAUAUGGAUACACAAACAUGAAAUACGUUUCGUCUUUAAUAUCCGGCGUUGGUAUUUUCUGUGUCGGUGCUGGUUUAUCAAUUUAUCACGGAAUUCAUGGCCUAAUAAAUCCGUCAUCGGUAGAACCAUUCUACUGGGCGUAUUGUGUCCUAGGUGGUUCUUUAGUAUCCGAGGGAGCGACGUUAUUAAUGGCAAUUCAAUCGAUAAAAAAAGGAGCAGGAGAAAAGCAGCGAACAUUUAAAGAAUACGUAUUAGGAGGACAAGAUCCUUCAGUAACUGUCGUGCUGCUGGAAGAUUUAGCAUCUGUGGUCGGUAUUGCUAUCGCAACAGCAUUCAUGGGUUUAACUUCUUACACGGGAAGUUCAAUGUAUGAUGCUGUCGGGUCCAUAUUUGGUGGUUUUCUUCUUGCUGCAGUAGCAGCGUUUAUAAUUAAGACAAAUACUGCUGCUUUAAUCGGAAGAAGUAUAUCUCAAGAUGAUCUUGAUAAGAUGAACACGGAAUUAGAAUCUGACAUAAUGGUCCGAGCUAUUUACGAUGUUAAAGGUAUCGAUAUGGGCAAUAAUUUAGUUCGAUACAAGGCCGAGAUAGAUUUCGAUGGAAAAGAAUUAACGAGGUGUUACCUUGAUAAAAACGAUAUUGUUGCAAUGUUGGAGGAAGUACGAACUAUGAAAAAUAUCGACGAGUUGGAGACAUUUUUUCUGAAACAUGGUGAAGGUAUCGUGGAUAUGGUCGGUGGGGAGAUAGACAGAAUGGAACUAAAAUUAAAGAAGAAACAUCCAGAGAUCCGACAUUGCGACCUGGAGAUCUUGUAAACGCUUUUGUACUGGAACACAAAAGCAUACGUGGAACAAAUUUUAAUGUAAAUAAUGUGUAUUAAUAAUCAUGACGCAAUUUUGCGUUGCAUUAACAGCGUUAUUUAUAUAGAGAUAGUACAGGGGUCUACGUUGAUGAACGGAAAAAAAAAAAAAAUA